GUCCAUCUCUCCUACAUCUACGCUUUCAAACCUCCUUCACACUUCUCAAUUGCCCCAUUAACAGCACGGUUCAACGAGCGCAUUUCAACAUCUAUCGAAAGGGUACCGAAUCGGAAUUCUGAAAUCCUAGCUUCCUACCAGCCUUAUCGUAAAGGUCUCCACACGCCACAGCAAGUCCGAACCUCCAGACACGCUAGCCCGCAAACGGACCGCCUCGGGAGUUUCAACAUCCAAGUCAAUCAUUCGUACUAGUUGUUGCGACUGUGCGGAAGGAUACCGAAAGAGAACGAUCAAUCGCAGAGCCCCAUUGACGUCGUAAUUGACUGUCGAUCCUUGUUGUCACUGCUUGAACAUAGUCGGAUCCGACGGCUGUACGCAAGAUUACUACACACCCGCAAGAAUUGGCAAGAAAGAAGAUAUUCUGAUUACACAAUGUCCGUCUUCCGUGCCAACGCUCUUGCGCUCAUCACAGGUGGCAGUUCUGGGAUCGGAUUUGCGGUCGCGCAGCUCUGUUUGAAGCACGGCAUGCGUGUUGGAGUCGUUGACAUCAACAAAGAUACGCUCGAAUACGCCAAGGCACAAUUGCAAGGCAAAGAUUCAGAUGUGGAGAUUUUCCAGGCAGAUGUCAGCAAGGAGGACGAAUGGAAGACUCUGAAGGGCAAGGUCGAGACGAGAUUCGGAAGCCCUGUCGAUUUUUUGAUGUUGAAUGCAGGUGUGCAAGUUAAAGGCACGUGGGGCGAUGACGCUUAUUUCGAUAAGACUCUCGCUGUCAAUCUCUUUGGCGUUAUCCAUGGUCUCAAUACCUACGUUCCGUCAUUCAAAUCUCAAACUUCGAAUUCACCAUCUGCCAUCGUUGUGACUGGUUCGAAGCAGGGAAUCACGAAUCCCCCUGGAAACGCAGCUUACAACGCCUCCAAAUCUGCCGUCAAGACCCUGACGGAGCAUCUUUCAUUCGACCUCAAAGAUACCAAGACCUCCGUUCAUUUACUUGUUCCAGGCUGGACUUUUACAGGUUUGAGCGGAAACGCCCCUGGCUCAGCAUCCACCAAACCCAACGGUGCCUGGCACGCCUCGCAAGUCGCAGACUACAUGUACUCCAAGAUCGCGGCCAACAAGUUCUACAUCCUGUGCCCAGACGACGAUGUCAGCGAGGACCUCGAUAAGAAACGGAUGCUGUGGACCGCGGGUGACCUCGUGAAUGGCCGGCCGCCGCUCACCAGGUGGAGGGAGGAUUGGAAGGAUGAGGCGCAGGGCUGGAUUCAGGGUGCUGAUCCGGAGCUGUUGAAGUAGGACCGCGGUUUAUUGUGGGGAUUAUUGGGUGGUUGUUGGUUGGAUCUUAGUAUUUGAUCUAGAAUGAUACUGAUGCAAUUAAUUACUUACGAUCUGAGAUUGAAUGCUUAGAAGAAGUUAAUGUUGGUGCUGAGGGCCUAGAAUAGCUCUUCUGUUGGCGGUAUUUUCUGCUAUGUAGGGCUGGCCUUGACUAUGGCUGAUGUUCUGUCAUCACCUCAACCUCAGGCUUAUUGUAGGAAAUUACGC